AUGGGGUUUCGUUUGCCUAGCAUUGUUCUUGCUAAGCCAAGUCUUCGACGAUCCACAUCGUCAGGAAAUAGAGCCACUCCAAAGUCUCUUGAUGUUCCGAAAGGAUGCUUUACGGUCUAUGUCGGAGAAGAACAGAAGAAGCGUUUUGUCAUCUCGCUAUCUUACUUGAACCAUCCUUUGUUUCAAGAUUUGUUGAGUCAAGCUGAAGAAGAAUUUGGAUAUGAUUAUGCAAUGGGUGGCAUCACAAUUCCCUGCAAUGAAGAUACUUUUGUUAAUCUUAUUCAUAGUUUAAAUGACUCAUGA